AUGGAAGAGAUCGUGGGCAAGCAAAAUGAAUCACCACCAACCAUACCAAAGGCCUGUCUUCGUCCAAAGAAGGUCACAGGCUCUGGGGCGCAUCUCGACGGUGCGGGCGAUCGCCCUUCUACGGCGGGCUCGGGAGCAUCCUCCCCCGGGGAACACCCGCUCAGAGGCGACCCCGGUGGUCACCGCGGGCCCGCGCCGGCCAGGGAGCGCGCGGCCGAUACUCACCCGUUGGGAAUAACGGUUCUUCACCACAACGCGAGAGAUUCCAGAAGGCACCGGCUCCUCGCGCGCGCCGGGCCCGACUGGCUGAGGGGCCGCACCGCGCAUGCUCCCGAACCGCCUCGAAGUUCAGCUACGAGGAGCAAGCGCCAGGCUAGCUUGUGGAGCGGACGUCGGGAGCGCUGCGGGGCGGUUGGUGACCUCUCAGAGUAUGCGGUGAACGGUGCUUCCUGCCUUCGCUGCCCAGACGUAGCAAAAGUGCAGUCCAUCCAGAUGUCAGAAGACACAGAUAACAUUGCAGUAGAAGAAAAUGUAGACAAGCAUCUCCAGAAAGAUUUAAAUGUGGAAGAAAAUCAAAACAUAAUAGAAACUGUGAGAGGCAAAGUAAGAGAAAAGCUAAAAAAUGCCAAGAUUAAUCAAGGCAAAAAAUCUUCAACUCAGCUCCUCAUUGAUAAUAAGAUAUAUCAGAGGUCUAAGACUGAAGUCUCACUGGAUGAAGGUCUUUCGUUUUUUAUUCUGAGUGGUAAAGAAGACUCAACUUUAGGCCAGUCUGCAGAGCAGAGAUCAGUAAAUGCUAGUUACCACAAACACUUUUCACUUGGUGAUAAUUUACAAAACUUUGCUGAGGGCCGAGAUGAAGAUUUUAUGGAAGAAGUCAUUUUCCUAGAUUUACUUGAAGUAAAGGCUGCCGAUUAUGAAGAUGAUCAAGAACAAGUAAAAAAACAACAGGCAAAUAUUUUUGUUCCAAGCAAUUCUCCAGGUAAAGUUUUUACAAGAAAAUAUUCAAGUCAUUAA